AUGUUGCAACAUUCCAACGAUCACUCACUCUGCCACAAUAUUUCUCGAGUCACCUAUCCUCAUAGACUUGCCACGAUCACUGCCGACGUCAACGCUCCAACCAAUCCGCCGGUGCCCAAAGGGGCCCCGACUCUGGUGGAGAAUGUUGAACCAGAGCAAAUCACUGCCGAUGGAUCUUUCUAUGAGGACUGGCUCCCUUCUAGGGCUGAAUUGUAUCCUAUCACCCGUGAAACCAAUUGUCUUCUCCCCUCCGUCACCAUUCCCAGCCACACAUCAAUCACGCCAAUCACUGUCGGCAAUGAGAAUGGAUUUCGAAUUCUUGCGCGAGACAAGCACAACAUCCGUCAGGCUACUGAGAUACUUGAGUAUCUUGGGGUAUGCUGGGAUGCGAUCGCAGAGCCCGAGCGACAGCUGAUCAUCCAUGCCCCGGGCCGCGAAAACAGUAUCUUUCGUAUCAUGCCAUAUUCGAGCAUUAGUUCGACCGCUUCGUGGCGUUUCUUAACUGACCCAGGUCUAUCUGAUCUUGUCAUCUCACUCAAGGCGUUGGUGGUCUGCUACUUUGACCCAAUUGCCAAAACAUGUGACCCCCUGAUGAAUAUCUGUGACCCCCCAAAAUUGCAUAAGAAACUGGGAGCGGUCACCAGUCGGGACUGGAAAGCCAUCAAAUCCCCAGAAAUUGGCAAAAGUGAUGGCUAUGAUCCCGCUGAUAUUGACAAGCACAUGGCUCCCAAACUGGAGGGAAAGGACAAGGAGAAGCAUCCGUUCCUCUCCGCAACCAAAGCCAAAGAUGUCGAUACAUGGAUUGCCAAGGAUGCCAAAACCGAGGACACCAAGGGUGAUGCUCUACAGGGUCGUCCCGACAAAGGGAAAUCUUCCGCUAGUCUCUCGGCGACUCCCGAGCAAGCUCGUCAACUCAAGAAAGAAAGAAUUGCUAUCUUUCCAGGGGGAGAAGCUGUCAGCGCUCGCUACCGACAACCGGUCCUGAAUCAGUUGAAAAAGCGAAAUCCCUUUGGGCCAUAUGGCAAGUCACGGGCUAGCAAAGAGCCAAUCAUUCUGGGCCUCCCAGCUAGUCUCAUCGACAUAGUCACUGAGUACGAUGUGAAACCUGUUCCCUCCGAUGCGAAGCCCAAUGUGAAGCGCGAUGUGAAGCCCCUUGCCUCAGAAACCGACAAGAUUAAAGCCAACAUCAGAGCCCCUUUCUGGGGACGCCAAGAUGACAGCGACAGUACUCCCCCUGUUGGCAUGCUAAUCGAAAUCGAUUCCCCUCCAAAUGAAGUCCAAGAUGAGAAAACCCAGCCUGAGGCUAGUAUCCAAAGUGAAAACCUCCGGGCUGGAACUAGCGUUCAAGGCGAGGACCCCCCAUCCGAGAAUAGGCAAUACACUGCAGCCUACCUUGAAUCCCUGAGUCAAGAUUUGCCAGCAGAAAUCAAGAGCGAUUUCCAGGACCAGAACUCUGCGGAGAGAGAAUACUGGAUGAACCGCACUGAAUCGCGUCCAAACUACUGGCAUCGUUCGGCUGCAUCGCAUGGAAGAGAUCCUUUUGAUGGGUUUGCCGAUAUCUCUUCUGGUGGUGUUAGUGGCACUUACCGUAGAAGAAUUGCCCGUUCUCGCUCAGUUAUCGAGUCGGAACCAGCGACCUUAUUUCAUUGGCAGCCAGACUUGGUCGAUAUUCAACCUCAGCCAAGCAUCGAUCAGGGUAGCCGUUCUGGCUUCACUGACGAUCCUGGCCUUGCUGGUAAUCGUGAAUCAAGUGCCCACCAGGGAUAUGAGAUCUCUCAAUCCUUGGAUAAAAUUGAUUCCUCUCGCAACAAAGAUCAGAACCGGGGUCUCAUGAUGAAGUUUCUUCAAGAAACCAUUGAGAAAGAACAUGUUCCCAGAGCUCCAGUCCAGUUCUUUCCAGACGAGCCAGUGACACCCCAGAAGCCAAGGAAUGAUCUUUUUCUCCAUCCUGACCUUAUCGAUCUCUCUCCUGUGGGUCUGGUGUCUAGUCCUCUCAGUGGGAUGCAUCAGUCAGAUGAGGCUUCUAGGGCAGAAGUCACUGAGAAGGUGGAUUCCACAGAGGAGACCCAAACUCGGGAGUUCCACGAGACGAUGUUCCAUCAGCGCCCAGCAAAUCAAGGGCUGGAUGCUGCUGGUCAAGAGAACAAGCCGGUUGAGAGACUGAGGCCCUCUGGAACCAAAAUUGAUACUUCUGGGACUUAUUUAGCUCCACUGGCUAAGCUCGAUGCACACUUGAAAGCUCAACAAGAGCAGGAUGCCGCCUUGCCCUCGGGAUCAAAUGCAACAUUGCCCGCUGAAAGAGCAGCGCUGGCGCAGUCGACGAGGAACCUGGUAUCUUCUCUGUGGCCAAUCUUGGACAAAGUCCGCUCAUUUCCUGGGGUUCUGACAUUGGAGAUUCAGCUUGGCUUACUCUCUGUGCGCAACCUGACAGCUUCGAUGCAGGAAAAGGAAUUGACCUUCAAGGAUAUCCAAGGGCUCUUCUUUUCGCGUCAUGAUCUGGAGCCGCCGCGAACCCUCUUUGUCAAUCGACUCACUUCUACACCUUCAGAUAUCGAUCACCUUAUCGCCCUCGAAAUUGACGGUAAGCCGGUUUUCGAGCAGUUUGCCGAUCAGAGAGGAAUACGAUACAUCCUUCAAUGCCGCACCAGCUCGGGCCAAGCAUUCAUUAUCUCCAUUGACCACAGAGGUACUACGACAACUCGUUAUGGUCGGGUUGAGCUGGGCUCAGUGUCGAUUAGCUUCCCAGAUCGCGUUUGGGAUGCAUCCGCCGCCAUUCAAGGCUACACCCACUUUUUCCCAGACCAGGUAGAAGGUCUGCAAGAAGCCGUCGAAAAGCUAGCCAACAGCCUGUGGCUUGACCCAGGUUCCGAACGGAUCCAAAUGCUUCUCCGCAUCCCAGACAAAGAGGUAAUGACCCUUCAAGGAAUUGUCGUCGAAAGGCGAACAAACCACAGAUGGAUCUCCGACCGGAGCAAGAACGUUUAUCUCAAAGUCACCGAAACCCAAGUUCUCACCAUUACACCUUCGGUUCUCGACCCCAAUGUUCUCGUAGCUAGGGCCGACCCACAUGAAGAGAUGGUCAAACUGGGCAAGUACUGGUGGCAAGCUUCAGUCAUGAACCCCGUGAUAGAAACGGUUCUGCAGAAGACUUAUGAGCCAAAGCCCAACGUCAAGCCCGGUACUCCCACUGAGUCUUGGAACGUGAUAGAUCUUCUCGGCUCGGAGGCCCAGGUGCUCUAUCCAGAGAUCAAACUUUCACCUCUCGGAGCUCGCAUUGGCCAGUCAGGCAUUCCUGCAAUGUUCCGCCUGGCGAGGAUCCUUGUGCAGAACAUCGACGCCAUUGGGUACUACAACAAAGGACCUACAGCUUAUCUCAAGCGCAACACCAGUGCUCUGGGUGAAUCCAAGACUGGCUCUGUUCUUCCGAGUCGGGAUUUGAAGAAUGCGGCUGUUGCCAAAUGGAUUCCUUCGGCUGAAAUCAUGCGGAAGAAGCACAAGUGGUGA